UUUAAACCGUUUAACAUCGCAGUCAGUMAGUCAGUUCUUGUACACAUCUCGCAAAGCUCGUCUUGGUGAAGAGUUGGAGCAGUGUGGACAAUCCAAAGGCACCAACGUAGACUAAUCUUCCGAAAAUCAAGUCAUGAGAGCAAAUAGAGAGAAACUUUUACCAUGGCUUGUACAGAAAAUCGACAGCGAAAAGGUUCCAGGUCUUCGYUGGAUGAACAAAGAAAAGACGGAUUUCCGUAUUACCUGGAAGCAUGCAGGCAAACCAGAUUUUAACCUASACAAGGAUGCCGUGUUAUUUCGAAUGUGGGCCGAACAUACCGGGAAGUACAAGCCGGGAGAGCAGCCCGACCCCUCCACGUGGAAGACGAGGUUUAGAUGUGCUUUGAGAAAACAGCCUGAUAUCGAUGAAGUCCCUAUUGCUAAUAGUCUAGAUGAAAAUGACCCAUAUCGUGUGUUUAGACUGAAAAAUAGAGUGAAUCGGAUCCCAAUGUCCCAUACUGCACCAGCUGUCACACCCUCUCCUGAUGACGUCACGGAAGUGUCUUCAUGCCAUGAUCAUUUACUUCAUGAAAUACAACCAGGAUGCAAUUAUGACUUCCCCUCCCCCCAGAGUAGUUACGCGUCAAGUCCUAAUAUGUCUUCAGAUGAUUCAGAUGACCUUGACAACAUUAUCCCCACCGUCGGCCCCUUGCUCUACAUGACCAGUGAGUUUGAUAGCGAGUGGUAUUCUCAGACUUUCUCAGAAGAAAGAAACGACUACUUUAUCGAUCCGUUCCAAUCAAGCAUGCAUAAUGGGGCACCAUCUAUGAUGUCACCUCAGACGGCUGAUACUUACAACCUUGCUACCCGUCAAGAACAGAAUGAUUUAGCAGCUCUUUUUGCAGUGUUCGGUCCAACAUUGAUGCAGCAAAGGCCAACAGUUUAUGGUUCGCCUUUUACAGAAGUAUACAGAGACUUACAGACCUACACCGCCAUGUCAUUAAACUUUAGUGCCUAAAAGUGACAAUAAUAACAAACUUAAAUGGCGUCAUUUACCACGUGAUACAGCAAUUCUGACACACAACUACAUUAUAUAGGCUUAAACCCUGGGCAAUAAUUAGCAAGAAUCAGAACAGAAUAUACCAGAAAUAUGAACAUCUCUCUUAACUUAAAGUUCUAAGGUUGAGUUGUGGGCAAACUACUUCCCUUUGCGAAGUUGUGCAUACAGACUGUUGUCACGUGAUCAAAUGCUACCGUAAUCAUGGAAAUAUUGAUAUCAUUCUAUGAUAUGUUAUUAAUUCAUAUUGAAUUAGCAUUCAUCAAUACUUGUCUGUUUUAAGACAAGGCUUAUUAAAACUUGACAAGAAGUUUGUUUAAAACGAUGACAAAUCAGUUGUUACAUCACAAUGUCUAACGGCGAUAUUUUACUAUUUGUUAGCAAAUGAGAUAUGUUUGUCUGCUCAAGACAUUAAAUAUGACGUGGAUAAAACAUUCAGAGUUAAGGUCCAUCAAUUCAGAUAACGAAACGGUAUCCAAUAAAACAAGAUGAGAAAAAUGUAUCUAUUACUUACUGUGGAGUUUACGUCAUUGUCAAUUUUAGAAUUAAACCGUCAGUCAGUCAGUAUUUGAUAAGA